AUGGGAUUUCGGAAUCUGGAUUGGUUUAACUGUGCUCUUGUGGCAAAGUGGCUUUGGAGAUAUCUUCAGGGGGGCGAGGAGCUGUGGAUUAGGGUGGUGAGAUCUAUCUACGGGGAUGUUGAAUGGGGAGAAAAUGGGCUGAUGUGUAAGGGAGGAAGGGGGGAGGGUGGUGGCCGAAAGUUCUUGCAGUCGGGGGAAGUGUGGCCGGGAGGUGGUUCUUUGAAAAUCUCUCGCGUCAGGUGGGGAAUGGUAGGGAUACGAAGUUCUGGCUUGAUAGAGUCGGGAAGGUGGGAGAAUGGGAGGUGGCUGUGGGAGCUUAAGUGGAGAAGGGAAUUAUUUGAGUGGGAGAAAGGGCUUCUUGAUGACUUGAUUAGUGUUAUCUCUGAUGGGGCUCCUCGUGCAGGUAUGAGUGACGAGUGGAAGUGGAAAGCGACUAAGUCUGCGAAAUUUACGACUAACUCGGCUUACCAUGUCAUCGCUGCAAGCAGAGGAGAUUCACACUCUAACCAACUGCCACACGAGGUUUUAGCAAAGGUCUGGGAUGCGCCGACUCCACACAAGGUGAAAGUGACAGCCUGGAGGUGUUUGAGGAAUAGACUUGCUACUUGCUGCAAUCUUUCCAAGAGACACGUUUUCCUUCCGGUCAAAGAAGCUUGGUGCAAUUCAUGUAUUUUGAGAGAGGAGUCAAACGAUCAUCUCUUCCUUUCGUGUGGGAAAUCCGAACUGAUCUGGGACGCCCUUCAAAAAUGGAUCGGCAUCAGCACGGUUAGACCAAAAGGUGUGGCACAGCACUUCUUGAUGUUCAGCCAUCUGGGACAAGGUAAGAGAAGCCUUAAAAUUCUCAAAGCUUUAUGGAUGUGUAUUGUUUGGCUCAUCUGGAAGAAAAGAAACGAGAGCAGAUUUGAUGGAAAUGUUUGGGAGGCGAAAAAUCUGGUUUUGGAAGCGAAAGGUAGACUCUGGAGCUGGAUUAAAUCUUAUAAGCUGUUCGUCGUGGACUGUAGCUUCGAGACUUGGUACUUCUGGUACCAGUCUCUUGCUUAA